UUCUUUGAGAGGAGGAGGAUAUUGACGAUUGAUUGGGGAGGGGCCAGCCACGUAAUAUCAGCAGCCAAAUUGAGCAGUGGAUUCAGAACUCCGGAACAAAGAUGAACAGAAUACCAAAAACCAAUCAGAAGAAGAACAGCGGCGGCGGCGGUGAAGAAGAGGCGGUGGAUUCGCUGCUGCGAGCGGCGGAGGACGACUUGCUUCUCAACCUCAGCCGCAAUUCCCACAUGUCUCGUGGCAUCUCUCAUUCUUGUAAUUCCUACAUAGACCCUGAUCUCGAUCGACGCUUCCAAUCCCUCAAAUCCUCCCGACGACCACCUACUUCUGCCAAAAACCCACCGCCACAACCACCAGCUUCUGAUGAUGGCGAUCUACUCGCCCGAUUUGCUGCUCUCAAGGGGGAUUCUAUUUCUCUCCCCUCUUCUUCUUCUUCUUCUUCUUCUUCUUUUCAGGAGUCAAACUGCUUUCAAUCUAAUCGGGGUAAGAUCUCGAGUAGUGAUGCAGUGGACCAAGACGAAGUCCAGAAGUUGAUCCAGUGGGCCAUUGACGCUGCUCGACUCGACCCUUCUCCUCCCACUGACUCCGAUGAUGAAAACCACCGUCAUGAUGAUGAUGAUGAUGAUGAUGAUGACAGCAGUAAUGAUGAUGAUUCUAAUUCUGAUGAGGGUUUUAGCGAUCACGGCGGCAGUAAGGGCAACCGAAAGAAGGGCGGAAGAAACAAGGGGCAAAAGGGCAAGUAAUAUGUUUCUAUCAUGUUUAUACGUAUGAUUAUUAUAUUGUUCUGUUGCUAAUUUGUGAAGACUGUUAUGUAAGUUCGUUGGUCAACGUGAGAAUAUGGCUCUGGAUCUUUGUCCCUGUUAUUGAAAAUAUUACUCCAAUAGGACACUGAAAUUUUGAGGGAGUUUCUUGUGUUCUGAUUCAUUUCAGCUAUAAUAAGAAUCUUCAAGUUUUUUAUCUGCUUAAAA